GGCUUUUCUUUCCCGCGCUGAACAGCCUACAUGUAGGCAGGAUCAAGUAUUUGAGAAGGGCUCUUGAUUGUCGUGAGAUCAUUCGUCGUCUGUCCAGUGGCUGCAAUUGGUCGCAUGAACGUUUUUUUCCCCCGGACUCGAGACUAAAGGAUGAAAUGAGGUGCAGAGCUGAAGAGCUGAGGGAAUGGGCGAAUAAAGACAGACGAAACACGCACACGGAGAGCGCUGUGAGCCAUCCGACCGACGCUGCGAGAAGAUACAAGUGAAGUCUGACCAUCACAAGAAGCGGGAAUUUGGAUCACAUUUAGAUCAAGCGGAUUUCAUUGAAGCGAAUGGUGUGAAAGGUGCAGGGCAAGCAUCACUCACACGGCUAUAAGGAUGCGGGUGUCGGGAUCGAGGAUUAAGCUGUGGUGUCCGCUUAUCUCGCUGGCACUGAUUCAGUUUUUCACCCCUGUUUCGGCUCAAGUUCCAGCUCCAAGAAGACUUCGAUUUAAAGUUCUGAGUGCAGGCAAGCUACUUGUCUCAUGGAAGGAACCAAAAGGAGAAUAUGAUGGCUACAAAUUUAUAUAUAAUAGUGAACCAGGUGGGGAAACAACCGAGUUGCAAAUUGCAAGGGGAGAGAAUAAAGCAAUAAUAAAGGAUUUUAAUCCCAGGAAGGAAUAUUCCGUCAAGGUUAUAGCUGUGAGUGGAAACCUGCACAGCCGAGCACUUCAGGGAAAAUAUACUGCAGAAGACCAGAGCAGUGAUGGAGACACCACUCAACCUCAAAGACUGAAAGAUCCUGGACCUGUGGAUGAGGGCAAUGAGAUCUCAGGAGUGGAUCAGUUUGUCUGCACAACUUCUGCCAUUGCGGAUAUUGUCAUCCUGGUCGAUGGAUCCUGGAGUAUUGGGCGAAUCAAUUUCCGUCUGGUUCGCAUGUUCCUUGAAAACCUGGUUAAUGCCUUUGAUGUGGGAAUAGACAAAACCCGGAUUGGACUGGCCCAGUACAGCGGCGAUCCACGGAUUGAGUGGCACUUGAAUGGCUUCAGUACAAAAGAUGCAGUAAUAGAUGCUGUCAAAAACCUGCCGUACAAGGGAGGCAACACUCUCACAGGUCUUGCUCUUACCUACAUCCUGGAGAACAGCUUCAAACCCGAGUCUGGGGCUCGUAGCGAUGUUCCUAAAAUUGGAAUUCUGAUAACCGACGGCAAAUCCCAGGAUGACGUUAUUCCACCUGCUCAGACCCUGAGAAGUGCUGGAGUUGAGCUAUUUGCCAUUGGUGUGAAGAAUGCUGAUGAGAACGAACUGAAGGCCAUCGCCUCUGAACCAGAGGAAACACACGUUUAUAAUGUGGCAGACUUCAGUAUCAUGAGCACUAUAGUAGACGGUCUGACCAGGAAGGUGUGUGAUGGAGUGGAGCAACAAGACAAAGAUAUUAAACGAGAUUCUUCCACUGAAGAGACAGCUUCUCCCCCCCGGGACUUGGUCACUUCUGAGGUGACUGCACACAGUUUUCGUGUGUCCUGGACUCAUGCGCCUGACAGUGUGGAAAAAUAUCGGGUAGUUUACCAUCCAUCCGGAGCAGAUAUUCUGGAAGAGAUUGUGGUGGGCGGCACGGAGAAUUCAGUCGUCCUGCAGAAUUUGAACUCUCUGACUGAAUACGAGAUUGCUGUGUUCGCUGUGUACCGCAGCGCAGCGAGUGACGCUCUGAGAGGCAGCGAGAUCACGCUGGCUCUACCAACAGUGAGUGAUCUCGAGGUGUACGAUGUGACAGACAACAGCAUGAGAGCCCGCUGGAGGGAUGCAGAAGGGGCUUCUGGGUACAUGAUCCUUUACGCUCCACUGAGCAGUGAGACUACAGAUGAAAGAGAGCUAAAGGUGGAUGAGUCGGUGACUGAUGUGGAACUGACUGGAAUGAUUCCUGAUACAGAAUACACCGUUACGGUCUAUGCCAUGUUUGGAGAGGAGGCCAGUGAUCCCGCUACUGUUCAGGAGACCACCAUGUCCCUGAGACCUCCACGUAACCUGCGGGUCACUGAAGUUGACCACAGCUCUGUGCGACUCAACUGGGACGCAGUGUCCAGUAAGGUUAAGGGCUACCGUGUCGUGUAUGUGAAGACAGAUGGUGUCCAGACCAGUCAGGUGGAUUUGGGUCCAGUCACCAAUGUGUACCUGAAGAACCUGUCACCCUUAACAGAGUACACCGUUGCAGUUUUUGCUCUCUACAAUGCCGGCCAAUCAGAGGCGCUUAGUGGCGGAUUCAAUACAAAGCUUGUGCCAGCCCCAGUCAGCCUGAUGACAUCAGAGGUGACCUCAGAGAGUUUCCGGGUCAGCUGGUCACAUCCUGCUAGAGAUGUGCUGGUCUAUAAGAUGGCCUGGUCACCCGCUGAAGGAGGAGAAGAGAUGGAGAUUAUGCUAAAUGCAGCUGAGGACUCAUUUGUGAUUCCAGACCUGAGUCCUUUUACAGAGUAUAAGGUGUCACUGUCAGCCAUCUAUAAAGACGAAACGGAGAGCAGCCCUGUGGUUGUGCUUGAGAAUACAUUGGGCUGGACCACAGAAGUUCCCACCACUUUUCCCUCCACUACAGCAUUUGUUCAUCUGGGAGUGAGUAACCUGUGGGUGGAUGAGGAGACGCCCUUCAGUAUGCAAGUGAACUGGGAGGUGCUGGACUCAGACGUGGAGCAGUACAAAGUGACAUAUGUCAGUGCAGACCGCACAGAAGAGACAGUGUUAGUCUCGGGAAACAGAAGAAGCGUGAUCCUGCAACCUCUCCUCUCACACACAAGGUACAAGAUCACAGUGACCCCUAUUUAUGCAGAUGGAGAGUCCACAGCUCUGUCUAAGGCCUCUACCGGCAAAACACUGCCACUUUCUGGACCCAGUAAUCUCAGAGUGUCUGAUGAAUGGUAUAAUCGCUUCCGCAUAAGUUGGGAAGGCCCUCAGUUCCCCACUUUGGGUUACAGAGUCAUCUAUCAGCCCAUCUCUGUGUCAGGUCCGGCUCUAGAGACAUUUGUAAGGGAUGAUGUGAACACCCUGCUGAUCCUCAAUCUGUUGAGUGACACGGAGUACAGCGUUCAGGUCAUCGCCUCCUACACCACCGGCUCCAGCCAACCCCUCACCGGCAAGGGCAAAACAUUAUUCCUGGGGGUGAAGAAUCUCAGCACGUACCAGGUGCUCAGUAGCAGCUUGUGUGCCCAGUGGCAACCUCACCGCCACGCCACCGUCUACAGAGUCGUCAUUGAGUCACUGCUCAAUGGUCAGAAACAGGAAGUGAGUGUCGGUGGCGGUGCAUCCAGAGCGUGCUUCCUCAGUCUUUCCCCCAACACCCAGUACAAGAUCAGCGUCUACACUUUCUUACAGGACACAGAGGGUCCUGCCGUCACCACCAUGGCGACAACCGCUCCAGCACCCACCCAGCCACCGACCGCACCACCCACCACCAUCCCUCCUCCCACCAUCCCCCCAGCCAAAGAAGUUUGCAAAGCAGCCAAGGCAGACCUUGCCUUCCUUGUAGAUGGCUCCUGGAGUAUCGGAGAUGACAACUUUCAGAAGAUUAUCCGUUUCCUGUACAGCACAACUGGUGCGCUUGAUGUGAUUGGCCCCGAGGGAACACAGGUGGCCAUUGUUCAGUUCAGUGAUGACGCCAGAACCGAGUUCAAGCUCAGCUCCUACAGCGAUAAGGAGGCUCUGCUGGACGCCGUGCAGCGCAUCACCUAUAAGGGAGGAAACACCAAGACAGGUCGAGCCAUUAAGCAUGUGAAGGAGGCCAUCUUUGCUGAGGAUGCGGGCGUAAGGAGGGGCAUUCCUAAAGUGCUGGUCGUGCUCACGGACGGGCGAUCUCAAGAUGAUGUCAACAAGAUCUCUAAGGAGAUGCAGAUGGAGGGCUACAUCAUCUUUGCCAUUGGCUUCGCUGAUGCUGACUACGGGGAGCUGGUGAACAUUGCCAGCAAACCAAGCGAGAGACAUGUGUUCUUUGUGGACGAUCUGGAUGCCUUCAAGAAAAUUGAAGAACAGCUCAUAACUUUUGUUUGUGAGGCUGCGACUGCCACUUGCCCCUCGAUGUUAAUGAGCGGGAACACUUUAGCUGGCUUCCGUAUGAUGGAGAUGUUUGGUUUGGUGGAGAAGCACUACAGCAGCGUGCAAGGUGUCUCAAUGGAGCCUGGCACUUUCAAUAGCUACCCCUGCUACCGGUUGCACAAAGACGCCCUCGUCUCUCAGCCUACCAGGUAUCUACAUCCUGAAGGCCUUCCCUCUGACUACACUAUAUCUAUGCUGUUCCGCAUACUACCUGAAACUCCUCAGGAACCUUUUGCAUUGUGGGAAAUCCUUGACAAAAACAAUGAGCCACUUGUGGGAAUUAUCCUUGAUAACGGAGGGAAAACAUUAACCUUUUUCAAUUACGACUACAAGGGAGAAUUUCAAACGGUGACUUUUGAAGGAAGUGAAAUUAAGAAGAUUUUCUAUGGCAGUUUCCAUAAGCUUCAUGUUGCCAUCAGCAAAACCGCUGCCAAAGUGGUGAUUGACUGCAAAACGGUGGGAGAGAAAUCCAUCAACGCCGCAGGGAACAUCACCAUUGAUGGAGUAGAGGUUCUGGGACGCAUGGUUCGCUCACGUGGAAGGAGAGAUAACUCAGCGCCGUUUCAGAUCCAGAUGUUUGACAUAGUCUGCAGUACAUCAUGGGCCAGUCGGGAUAAGUGCUGUGAGCUCCCAGGCUUGAGAGUAGAAGAGGACUGUCCUGCCAUGCCCCAUGCCUGCACUUGUGCUCAGGACAGCAAAGGACCACCUGGACCCUCAGGACCACCGGGCGGUCCUGGUAUCAGAGGUUCAAGAGGAGAUCGGGGGGAGCCAGGCUUGACGGGGCCUCAAGGGCCACCUGGUGAGAUCGGACCUCCAGGACCGCAGGGGCCACCGGGUCCUCAGGGGCCGAAUGGACUGUCCAUUCAGGGGCCACCGGGGGCUUCAGGAGAGAAAGGAGAGAAGGGUGAAAUAGGUCUGCCAGGUCCUCAGGGGGUACCAGGUGCCAGUGGAGGACCAGGUCGAGAUGGACCUCCAGGACAGAGAGGCCUACCGGGUAAGGAUGGACCCCAGGGAAGACAGGGCCCACCAGGACCAAUGGGAAGCCCUGGAGCUCCUGGGUCUCCAGGACCAAGUGGAUCUACAGGGCAAAUUGGUGAUCAGGGGGCACCUGGGCCUGCCGGCGCCAAAGGCGAACGAGGAGAGAGAGGUGAUAUGCAGUCUCAGGCCGCUGUCCGUGCCAUAGCGCGACAAGUUUGUGAACAGCUAAUUCAGAGUCACUUGUCUCGCUACAACUCUAUUCUGAACCAGAUUCCCAGUCAGUCUGUUUCGGUACGAACAGUACCAGGUCCACCGGGUGAGCCUGGUCGAUCGGGACCUCCGGGGCCACAGGGAGAGCAGGGUCCUUCUGGCAGACCAGGAUUCCCUGGAGCCAGUGGGCAAAAUGGCCGUCCAGGAGAGAGAGGUCUCCCAGGAGAAAGAGGAGAGAAGGGCAGUCCAGGGAUCGGGACACAAGGCCCUCGUGGUCCUGCAGGGCCCCCAGGGCCUCCUGGAGAAGGUCGGACAGGAAGUCAGGGCUCUCCAGGGAGACCUGGAAUUCAAGGCACCUCAGGACGUCCAGGUAUCCCUGGUAGCCCUGGUCCUGCUGGACCCCCCGGUUACUGUGACCAGAACUCCUGCAUCGGAUACAAUGUUGGAGUACAACAGUUACCCUCCAACCCCUACCAAAACUACGGCCCCGCCACCAACUACAACAACGAUGAGGAGGAGGAAGAGGACCCUUACGGUGGCUACCGUGCCUACCCUCCACAGUACUAUCAACCCAGCUAUCCUGACCCCCAUGCCGCCAGGUUUGGCCCCGCCCACCCUGGUGACACGGUGGGGAUGAGGUCACCUGGCACGCGUCGCUUCUCCCGCAGCACGACCGAAGAGGAGAGCGUCGAUGAGUUGGAAGUGCAAGUGAAGGCCAAAUAGCUCGGGUGGCCAGCCCCAGCAAACCGACCGUCCACAUACAAACGCUUUUCAUCAGAAUAUCCUGCAGGAUAGGACUGAGGGAAAUCCGAAAAGUGCCUGCUAUAUGCAUCCUUAUGGGGGUGGGUUUGUGGAGAAGAUUAGAAAAAUGAAACUGUGCCGAUAUUCAUCCAGUGACUUUUCUGUCUUUUGUGAGGCUGCAUGUAGCCAAUGAGAUGAAAAGCAAGAUCAAAGGAGGAACACUGCAAAAAAAAAAAAAAAAAAAAGCAAGCAGUAUUUUUUUGUCUGGUUGUCCAGUAGAAAUAUCACAACUCAAAAUAAAUAAUUUAAAAAAAAUAAAAAAUAAAUUAUAUAUAUACACACACACCGUGAUAUUUUAUAAUAUAUCUCACUCUAGAGAAGCAUGAUUCUAUAUGACCCUGUACCACAAAACCAGUCAUAAGGGUCAAUUUAUUUUAAAUUGAAAUUAAUACAUCAUCUGAAAGCUGAUUAAAAUAAGCUUUCCAUUGAUGUAUGGUUUGUUAGGAUAGGACAAGAUAUAACUAUUUGAAAAUCUGAGGGUGCAAAAAAAAAAAAAAAAUCUAAAUAUUGAGAAAUUCGCCUUUAAAGUUGUCUAAAUUAAGUCCUUAGCAAUGCAUAUUACUAAUCAAAAAUUAAGUUAUAUAUUUACAGUAGGAAAUUUACAAAAUAGCUUCAUGGAAUAUGAGCUUUACUUAAUAUCCUGAUGAAUUUUGGCAUAAAAGAAAAAUCGAUAAUUUUGACCCAUGCAAUGUAUUUUUGGCUAUUGCUACAAAUAUACCCGUGCUACUUAUGACUGGUUUUGCUACUUAUGACUGGUUUUGAUAUAUAUUUCAUAUAUAUCAAAUCUUCCCAAGAUAUAUAAUAAUAAUAAUAUAUAUUGCAUUUGCUUUCCUAGUCAUAAUCACAUUUUAUUAACCUCACUCAAUUUAAUCUAGAUUUAUGCUUAAAAAUCGGCCAAUUACAAGAAAAAUAAACUUAAUAAAAAUAAAAUAUCUAUUCUCCGAAAAUAAGUCCCAAUAUUUUGUUCCUCAAAUAAUUUAAGAAAGAUAUUUUUACUGGAAAACACCAAAAAUGCUGAUUAACAAAAUGAUUUUUGCAGCGCAGUGGUUUUGAAUUGUGUAUUCCAUAUCUUUUGUAAAUGAUAAUGGGGGUGUGUGUACAGUUUGUGUAUUUUUUUAAGUGCAAAUUGGUGAUCUACUAUGUUACGAAUUUCACAGAUGUUUACAGCAUUUUGCAGUUAUCUGGAACUGGCUAUUAAGUUAUUUUAUUUAGAGAAAAAAAUAAUACCUCCGUUGAUGCUUUUGAUGUUCUUAUCACUAGCAGUUAUUUAUGAGAAGCUGAAUUCUUAAUCACACUUAAAAAUGCAUUAAUGAACCAAACCUAAUCACCUAAUUUUUCACUGGUACAGUACUUCACAGUAACUCCCUGUGUAACACCACACAUUUUGUCGGGAUCGUAAUCGUAUUAAUCACACAUUUAUGUGAACGUCCUUUACAUAUGGUCUUGUAAGAUGAAGUGUCAUGCAGGGGAUGCAGUGAAAGCUCUCAAAUUGAUUUUGUAUAAAAGAAGAGCUGAGCAUGGCAUCCUUCCGUGUCUCUGUGGUCCUGUUUCCAAUGGGUCUGCUCACUGUGAAAGAGACCUGAAUAGUUAAGAGUUAGGCCUGUGGUCUACCGUCCUUUCAGAACGAAAGCGGGUGCCAGUGGAAAGACUCAUCACCAGACCUUUGAAUCUACAAAGUAAUUUAUUUUUACUUUAUUAUUUGUUUUUGUAACCAAUAAAACCGUACUGCAACAACGACUCGAGAUGAUGUCUCGUCUGGCCCUUGUGGUUUUCUGUUCUGUGUGCUAACUGGUCACCCAAAAUUUUAUUUCACAUUUAAAACAACAGAUUCUCUGUUUAAUAACCAUGUUUGGUUAAUGAGCUCAAAUAAUGGAACAUGCUCUGAAGUUCCUUCUUCAUAAAACCACAUUUUACAAGCAAACUCAAUUUUACCUUUCCAUAAAAAACGAAACGUGACGAUGCCAACAUCGCAAAAGGCAGCAGUGACUAACAAGGGCGUUUCGUUUCCAUCCUAACACAAUGAGUUAAGCAGACUUCAAAAGGCCAAAGUAGCAUCAGAAAGGCCUUAUAGACCCAUAUGAAGUUAAUUAAGACUGAAGCAGCAGUUGAAUUAGAGCUGGAUCAGGCUUCAGAGAGGCUGCUAAAGCCAUUUGCAAGACAAGCAAAGGCCAACGAAUCUGAGCUC